GCGGAGCGCUGCCGCCGUUCCGGGGCGGGCCGUGCCGAGCCGAGCCGUGCCGAGCCGUUCCGGGGCACCGGGGCGCCAUGGCGGCCACCAAGCGGGUGCUGUACGUGGGCGGGCUGGCCGAGGAGGUGGACGAGAAAAUCCUGCACGCCGCCUUCAUCCCCUUCGGAGACAUCACCGACAUCCAGAUCCCGCUGGACUACGAGACCGAAAAGCACCGGGGAUUCGCCUUCGUGGAGUUUGAGCUGGCAGAGGAUGCAGCAGCAGCUAUUGACAACAUGAACGAGUCUGAGCUCUUUGGCAGGACGAUCCGAGUGAACCUGGCCAAGCCCAUGAGGAUUAAGGAAGGAUCGUCCAGGCCUGUCUGGUCAGAUGAUGAGUGGCUGAAGAAGUUUUCAGGGAAGACUUUGGAGGAGAACAAGGAGGAGGGAGGAGCGGAGGCCCCCAAAGCAGAGGCACAGGAGGACGAGCCUCCUGCCAAGAAAUCCCGGGUGAACCCCCAGGUUUACAUGGACAUCAAGAUCGGGAACAAGCCCGCGGGGCGGCUGCGGAUCCUGCUGCGCUCCGACGUGGUGCCCAUGACCGCAGAGAAUUUCCGCUGCCUCUGCACCCACGAGAAGGGAUUUGGCUUCAAAGGCAGCAGCUUCCACCGCAUCAUCCCGCAGUUCAUGUGCCAGGCCGGAGACUUCACCAACCACAACGGCACCGGCGGCAAAUCCAUCUACGGGAAGAAGUUUGAUGAUGAAAACUUCAUCCUCAAGCACACGGGGCCAGGGAUGGUGUCCAUGGCAAACUCGGGCCCGAACACCAACGGCUCCCAGUUCUUCAUCACCUGUGACAAGACAGACUGGCUGGACGGGAAGCACGUGGUGUUCGGGGAGGUGACGGAGGGCAUGGACGUGGUCAGGGAGAUCGAGGCUCAGGGCACCAAAGACGGGAAGCCAAAGCAGAAGGUGAUCAUCUCGGACUGCGGGGAGUGCGCGUGAGCCCGGUGCUUGGAGGGGCUGCAUGGGGGGAGCCUGGCCUGGAGGGACAGGGAGCCAGCAGGGAUGGGACACCCCAGGGGCUCCCCAGCACUGCCCAUCCUGCAGCUGCCAGAGGAAUUCCCCUACCGAGGUUCCUGCGGGCAGGAUUUAUCCUUCCCGGGAUAAAUUGCUUCCCAGCCUGCGCUGCCCGAGCUGGCCGGGGCUGGUCCUGCUGCCGUGUUCUGGAAAAAGUUUAUGUUUGGUAAAAAUAAAACCUAGUUUUGAAAAUCCUG